UACUGUAUAAAUUGAUUUUUUUUGUUUGUAUUACUAUGCGUGCUAAGUUAAGCACUAGUAGUAGUAGUAAACAACUAGUCUAUAAGGACAGUAUGGUUAGAGUAACCAGGAGCCGACGUCGGGCAAUAUCAGUGGUCAAAGAUUUUAAUAAUAAUAAUAAUACUAAUACUAAUAAUAAUAAAAAUACUGUUUUGACAACUAUCAGCACCACUACCAAUUCGACCACUACUAUGAGCACCGCAUCAACAAUAUUGACCAAUCAAAUUAACCAAUCAAAAAAGCGCAAACUUGGCCACAAUUUACCACAACGACUACUGACCACCAUCACAACAGCAGCAGCACCGGUAGCUGUUAUUGCUAACGGUUCCCAACAGAUACGCACAUCGAAACGUCUGAGACAUGAAUCGCCCGAAAUCGGGUUGCCGUCAACAACAACAACAACAACACCAUCGGUCAUAUCAAAUGGCUAUACCGUACAAAAAUCAAUCGGUGGGUCCAAUAAAGCCAACCGACCGGACACAGCACUAUCUAAACCAUUGUCCAAACGGCGGACAAUUAACGUACCGCGAAAGCAGCAUAAAUCAGUGGUCAACGUUACGCCAGUACGCCGAUCAAAACGUCUAUCAAAUGGUGGUCAGACAGUGACCAACAGCAUCAGCAGCGAUAAGUUGCUGACGACAACCACCACUAAUAUCAUACCUCCGCAAGUGAAACGUCGUCGGAUAGUUGCAGUCAAUAGAUUGUUGUCACCGAAGAAAACCCAUGCAGUCGUAGCUAAAAAAGUGGUCACAAAGACGACAACAACGGCGCCGAUAAUAAAGACAACAUCAUCGAAGAAACAGACACUAAAAAAGGAUAAGCCGGUAGCCGAUAGUCGUGCGACGAUAACUACACCAAAGUCUAAGAAAAAACAGCCGAAAGCUGUUCAGACGAGUCCGUCAAAAAAAUCACCGAAAUCCGAAUCAUCUGUAAAACCGGCGGCAAAGCGGUCAACAAAACGAGGACAAAAGGCGCUGAUUCCGAAUUUGUCGGUCACUAACCAUAAAGUUGAUCCGUUUUUCGACACCAAUAAGCCGGUACCGUAUGUUUCAAGCUAUGUCCAGUCAAAAUUGCUUAUCAGGGCUGUCCUUCAGCGUGACUAUAAAUUACUGAAAGAGUUGAUCAUUGGUGACAAACUUAUCUGUUCGGCGGCUGUACGGCGAUCGGUAGCCGACAAACGGACAGCCCUUUUAUACGCCAUUCAGAGACUGGACAUCCAAGCCAUUCAGAUACUAACCGACAGUAAGCUUAAGACAAAAUUUGCCGAUCAGACCCGAUGUUUGCUGUCCACCGAAUCGACCGGUCACGGUUCGCGCUAUAUGUUUGGACACGCAUUGCGAGCUGUAAACGUUGGCCGCGGCGGUCGCGAAGGCAACAAUGCACUGCUCCGCGAUGUCAGCGACUACAGCAGCUCUCGAGGCGAGACAUCAAUAUCGGGAACGAUAGUGAAAAAUCUGAUUAAGUCGGGCGCCGACAUCGAAAUGCUGGACAAACUGGUCGCCGACACCGACAGUGGAUAUCUCGAAAAUAAAGUUGUCUACGCUCUCCGUUACGGCCACUGUCUGCUGGCCAAUCAGAUUGUCCAGCGGGGCCUGAAAAAGAACGGAUUCGGUUUCAAUCAGCUGCACGUCCAGUCACUGGCCCGGGACGGCACCCAAUUCGAUCAGUUUAGGUCGGUAUCGGUAACUAAGAAAGCACUGGACAACGCCCGUGUUACACCGUUACAUUGCGCGGCCGUCAAUCCCGAUCCGUAUUAUCUGGAACACCUGCUACAGGAUCGGCCAGAUUAUACUAUCGCCGAUACCGGCAACUGGCAACUUGUCCACUAUGCAGCCGUAUCGGAAGAACCGGCCAAUAUUAAGCUUCUCCUAUCGCGCGGUGUGUCUACCGAUGUGGUCGACAAAAAACGGGGAAACACACCCUUACAUUUGGCAGCCAAACGCAAUCGGCCAGAAAAUUGUGCGGCAAUCAUACAACACGAAAGAUUGUCACUAAUCAACAUCGGUAAUAGUCAUACCGGUAGUACCGAUGCUGAUGCUGAUACCGGUGUCACCAGUGAUCAACAAACGGUGACCACCACUACUGCAUCGGCGGCGAAAAAAAAGGCGGCGGCGAAAGCAAAAGCGGCGGCGAAAGCAAAAGCGGCAGCACCGACGGGAACACUGGAAAAAUAUAAUCGCAACGGUAUGACACCGUUACUAUGUGCCGCCCAUCACGGCCACUUGGAUUGUGUACGGGUGCUAUUGGACGGCGGUGCCAACAUCGAGCGACCAACUCAGGCCAAACAGGAUAAGCUAACAGCUCUAAUGUUGGCAGCAGAGUGCGGCCAUUUACCGCUUGUCCGUUUUCUGGUGGACAGGGGUGCCAAACCCGAAGCCGGCGAUAAGAAAAAGCGAACGGCUCUAACUCACGCCGUUAUGAACGGCCAGACAGCAGUGGCCAGCUAUUUGCUUCGGCUGGGCUGCGAUCCGGAAACCCGUGAUUCGUCGGGCAACGCACCCGUACACUAUGCCUGCGCCUAUGGCUGGUAUCAUUGUAUGCAACUACUGCUGGAAGCCGGUGCCAAAGCCGACAUUACCAACGACUGGAAGAUGACACCCAUGUCUAUAGCCUUUAUGAAAGGCCACACCGGUUUGGUUGAUAAGUUUUCCAGCGAAUCAACAACGCUCGACCUCAAUGCACCAGUAGAUUAUACGGACGGUCGGACAUUGUUGCACGAAAUGUGUCGACAAUCGCCCGGCCAGUCAAUGUUGGACGGCCUACGAUUUUUACUGGAUAAAGGUGCCGAUUUUAACGUUAACGACUAUCAAAACUGUAACGCGCUACAUUAUCUGGUGAUGAAUGAGUCCAGUAUUAUUAAGUAUGGCAUAUCCAGCUACUAUGAUAGUGUUAGACGGGCUAAUGAGCUACAGAUACGUUUGGAUAAUGUUAACAAACUGCUGGAAGCGGCCGAUCUAUUGAUGGCCAAUGGCUGCAAUGCCUAUGCGGUCAGCAAACAAAACAACGGCGGCGGUGACGGUGGCGGUGAAACACCAUUGCAAAUGGCCAUCAGAUUGUCGACGUUCGGCAUGUUUCACAAACUACUGGUUUCGUCCUAUUAUGACAACAACGAAUUGUUGUUGAAGGCGAUCGCCGAUUCGGUAGAUAAGCUAACUGGCAAUACAAUGUUGCAUCGGUGGACCGAUUUGGCCGACAACAAGGAAAUCAUAGCCGACGGCCGACUCCAGUCGAUGGCCAGCUAUGCAAACUUGCUAUUCAAACCAAGUCAACUAACAAAUCAUCAAUUUCUGUCCAUCAUUCCCGAUGAUGUUCGCAAACAAAUUAUCAGUCAGUCAUCGGUGACCAACAUAUCUGGCCGGACACCGUUACACAGUUAUCUUGUAAAGUGUCGAUAUAUUGAUCCGCUUGACCAACAACAACAACAACAGUCGCAUGUUAUAGAUUUUCUACGGUUUCUAUUGGACACCGUCCAGAGCGAUGUCAACGCCCAGACCGUGUGUGCGAAACCCGAGGACAGAGGACAGUCGGUACUGCAUAUGGCUGUCGAGUGCAAAGCGCCCAACUAUUUAGACGAAAUAUUGGCCAAAAAACCCGACUUAGAUCCGCUCGAUGGUUACGGUCGGACACCGUUGGCCUUGUCUAUUGUCAACAAUUGGACGUCGAAAUCGUGGACAUUGAUUAAGGCCGGUGCCGAUAUUACCGUUAGGUCCCGAAACGACAACAACAAUUCGAUGCUAAUAUUGGAGGCCAUUCACAAUCGCGGCGAAUCGUUUGAUCUGCUGCUACAUAUGGUGGCCAACGGUGCCGAUGUUGCCGACAAAUGCCGUAAGACUGGCAAUACGGUACUGCAUAUGGUGGCCGCACAGCCACAUCGUAAGGAUGCGCUGAACGCUGUCGAACAGCUCAUGGUUGCCGGCGCCGAUGUUAACGCCCUUAACCAUAGACGUCAAACACCGUUGCAUUUGGCGGUCAAGUCGCGAUCGGGAACGGUAGACGAAUGGUAUCACGUGGAACAGUGUCUGUUGAAGGCCGGCUCGAAACGGGACAUACAGGACAAGUGGGGUUGUGUACCGUUGCACUACGCCUUUCUCAAACCCGGCCAAUCAAGCGACUCGUUUGCCGAUCCAAUUGAAUUGGUCACUCUAUUGUUGACCAACGAGUCGUCGCCGUCGAGCGGCCUACAAGAUUCAGUUAGUGGUUCGACAGCCGAGAUUGAGGACAACAGGGGCCGAAAGCCGUAUCAUUACGCUGGUCAGAGAGGCGCCACCAUAUCGUGUAUGCAUUUGUUGAGUCGUAUGGCGAACAUUGAUCCCGUAGACGCCGACGGCAAUACACCGUUCGGCUAUACGGUCGCCAAUGGCCACGAAGGCUGUGCAUUAAUGCUCCAGCAAAAGGGUGCCGCCUGUAUACCGCCGGUCGGUGUCGUCUACACCACCACCAAACACAAGGCAACCACAACUACUGUUGGUAGUGAUGAUGAUAAUGAGGACAGGUAUCCAAAACAAAACAAGAAGCGAAUAGUCUGGAAGUGGAAUCUAGUGCGCGAUAAGGAGGACUACGAGCGCCAAAAACUGGCCAACCGGACCACAACCCAGUGCUCAAUUGUCGAGGAAGUGGUACGCAAAGAUUGGCAGGGUAUACUUCAUCUGAUAGUCAACGACCUGGAACUGUCCGGCGACGGCAUCGGUAUAGCCAUCGAAGCCGCACUCAGGACUGGCCGACUGGUGUUGGCCAUCAAAAUCUUGAAUCGCGUCGAAGACCAUCACUCGCUAGAGCUGACUGGCGAUGCCGGCGGCCGAACACUGUUGCACGUAUUGACCCGUGAGCUGCCAGCGUCGGCCAGAUCGCGGGACAGUGACCACCAAAAAGAGAUUGUCCGGUCGCUGAUCGAACACGGAGUACCGGUCCGAGCACUGGACCAUCAGUAUGAGGCCAAUGCUAUCGUCUACGCGGCCACCACUCGAAAUCAUGUGCUGUUCGAGGAACUGUGCAAUCAAAUUGGACUAACCGAAGUGGCCAAUAUGACACCCGAUCUAUUGAUGAGGACACCCGUGUCGGCCAUGUUUUGGGACUUACAUCUUGACGACAAAACAAGCAAACUAUCUAAAGAUAUGCAGAAAUUGUUGGCCAAACUGGUAGCCGAAAAACCCGAAUUAAUUAACGCACAAAAUUAUUAUCCUAUAUAUGAGGGCCGUUAUCCAGGAGUCAGGUAUACAUCAUACGAACCAACUGUCGAAGCGGUCGCUACGGCUACCAAAUAUACGCCGUUAAUCUAUGCGGUCAUUUGCGGUAACUAUUCGGUGGUCGAGUAUCUGCUAAAUCUGACCGCAACCGAUGAUGAGUCGUUGUCGGUGUUGUCGUGGACUAAAAACAAUGAUUUGGUCGACAGGAACGGUACAGACAGCACCGGUAGGACGGCACUGAUGCACGCCGUACGGCUGAACGACCGGAAAAUGGUCAAACUUUUGUCGGUACAGUCGCGCGACGGUCUCAGUCUGAAAGACAAUAACGGCUGGACAGUUAUGCAUCAUUUAGUCUGUCCGCUGGCCGACUAUACCUAUGUCGAAGCGGACAAGAUUUUCGAUAUGUUUCUGGAGGUUAGCUGGUCAUCGAAUAUUAAACAAUUGUUGACCACUGGCAAUACGGAUGGCCAAUCACCGUACCAGUUGGCCAGACAGCGAAAAGCCGUAAGUUUGUUGACUGUUUUCGACAGUGUCCUACAUACACGGCCUAACCAUUGUGACGGUGACGAUGACGAUGAUGAUGAUAUGCUGGCCUAUCCGCCACUGCCAGAUGAUUAUGAUGAUUACGAAACUACCGGUGCCCGUGAACAACAACAACAACAGUCCUAUGAUUAUAAAUUGGAUUCGGAAAAAAUGAUCGAACAAUUAGACGCCGAAUCAAUGGAUACGACUACUAGUGGAGCACCGGUAUCACAGCCGGACAGUCUGAUAGGCAUCGAUGGCGCCGAAACAGUGGUCGACCAGCAAUCAGGCCUACCGUUUGACGUACUAUUAACUCAGGUAGACCUUAGCUACGGUGUCUACGGUUUGUAUAAUUUCUACAAAAUGCAAGUCGUCGAGCACCGGCCCAAACAGCUGGUCAUACUGUUCACCCGUUGGGGCCGUAUCGGCGAAACUGGCCAAUACCAGAAGACAGCCAUGCCCACUGUUGCCGCAGCGGUCGACGAAUUCAAAAAGAUACUCAAAUCGAAAUCGGGUAACCAAUGGGACGACAUCCGGGAGUUUAAGCCCGUACCCAAAAAAUAUCGGUUAGUACAGCGCCGGUUAGGCACUGGUGACCAUCAGCGCAGUAAGUCGUAUAAGUUGGACACUGUUCGCCAGGUCAUUCAGAAGCCGAAAAAGUGGAUAACAUUGAAGGCCGCGGAUACCACAGCAACGGUUGCCGCCAGUCGGACAGUUAGCACUGGACUACCGCAGCCACUGUACAAACUGAUGAAACAAUUGAUUAAAUUUCAUUCGAGUCGCGACUCCUAUCGAUCGUUAGGACAGUCGUGCACACCGUUUGGCCAUCUUAGCGAUCGGGCACUGAGCGAAGCCGAACAAUUGUUGGCCAAAGUGGACAGUUUACUAGCGGAACGCGACUCGAUUACCGAUCGCCAAUCGGACGACUACUCGCGUCUGACACUGGAUAUCAUCGACCGGAGCGAACUAUUCUACCAAUUGAUACCAUUGUUUGGCUACGAAUACGAACGAUUGGAACCGUUGUUCAAUAGAGACCGACUACGCGACCAACAGAUUCUGGUCAACAAUCUCAUACACUACGAGUACGCCUACGAACUGCUGUUGGCCGCCCAGUAUCGGCACCGGGAGAUCAAUCCGGCUGACUAUAUCUAUCGAUCGUUGGGCUGUCUGCUGGCGCCGAUGGACAAGGAUAGCCAAGAGUGUCAAAUGAUUUUGCAAUACAUUGACCGGACGGCCGGCACUAAUUGUAAUCCACGAGUUAGGCAUAUAUUUCGGGUGCAGAGAACAGGCGAAGAUCAGGCGCUUCGGGAGACCGAUAAAGGUAUGGAUGUUCAGCAGGCUUGGCUACUGUGGCACGGCACAAAAAUGGCCAACGUGCUCAGCAUACUGGCCCACGGGCUACAGGUGGCACCGUUAGGCGCCCAAAUAACUGGUCAUAUGUUUGGAAAGGGUGUCUACUUUUCCGAUGCUUUUGCCAAAAGUGAAAACUACUGUUCCUCGGAUACGACUACUGGCCACAAGUUUAUGCUACUGAGCGAGGUAUUAGUUGGCCGACAACAACAGAUAAAGCCGUACGGCGAUGAAAGUACAUCAUUGAAGGACGGUCAUCAUAGCUUAGUUACUAAAAACUCUCAGUAUAUACCCGAUCCUAAUGGACUGUCCUAUUGGAACGGUCGUACCGUACCGUUGGGAAAGUUAGCUUAUAAUAAACUACCCACUGGUGAAACCCAUGGCACCUAUUAUAACGAAUAUAUUGUGUUCAAUAGCAAACAAAUAUGUUUGCGAUAUCUCAUACAAUUUGAUUGAAUUAA